AUGUCCCCCAACCGUUUGCGAAGACGAGCCAAGUGGAAGGAAGCUAAGAAUGGGUUACCGCCCAAUACCCGCCUUGAUCACCGGAUAAUCGCGCCCGGGAUUGGCGGUAACCUCGUCGGGAUAACCGUUUAUGAUCGUGUCCGCUCCUAUCACAGCAUUAAUCACACGGGAAACGGCUAUGACCCGCAGUUGGACGCGUCAACAUGGACGGACUUAUUAAGGGUACCGACCGUGAGACAGUCCAGAGAGGACACUAUCAACUCAUCAUCAAACGCCGCACGAACAACCGGAUUACGGGUGUACUUACUCGUAAGUAGUGCCGCGAAAGACGAUAGUGUCUCGUUCGACGAUUUGCGUUCGUACCUUUGCGCAUUGAGUGAGGAGAAAUUCCCUUCGGUCGACGCCGACCGAGAACAAGGUCUCGAAGCAGGCAAGGUCGUUUCCCAGUCUCAGGAUACUCCAAGAAGUGCGGCUGCUAAUUCGAACGCAUGUAUCGCGAACCCGGCGGUGUGGGGUAUUGGACCCGCCCGAGCAGUAGUAGCUGCAAUUUCAGAGCCUAAGAUCUUCGUUAAUCAGUUGGCAUGUUCCUGCUCCCGCGUUGAUCUGGACCGCAUGGAGGUAGCGACCUUCGUGUACCAAAUGGGAUAUAAUGGAAUGGAAGCGGGUGAAGUCGCGACGGUUCGACAAGAAUCAUAG